AUGAAAGAAUAUAAAUUUCAGCCGUAUGUCUUAAAGCGCCUGGACCCAAGGAACGAAAAUGAAGAAAUUCCAAAAGGUAGAAGUGGUCACAGAAUUGUUUCCGAUGAUUCAUACGUAUAUUCUUUUGGGGGUUUCAAUCCAUUUUUAGAAUAUGAUCAGAACCCAGUCAAUGAUACAUUUUCCGAAAUGAAUUUAUUUAAAGAACUGUGGAGGUUUAAUAUUGCUUGUAACGAAUGGGAAAAACUUUCUCAUUAUACACCUACUUUACCAAAAGAACUUGCAUCAAAUGCUGUGGUUAUGAAAGGAAAUACUUUACUAGUUCACGGAGGAACUGGUGUCCCUUUUGGACAUCAUUGUUCUAAUAAGACAUAUAUAACAAACCUUAGGGAAAACAAGGCUUUAAAACUUCUUGAAACUAAAGGCAAUCAUCCUCCUCCUCAAUACGGUCAAGCUAUGGUUUUGGAUGGUGAUAACUUAUAUGUUGUCGGUGGAACUUCAGGUUUUGAAUAUUCAGCCAACAUUUAUUGUUUAAAUUUAAAAACAUUGAUAUGGAAGCCUGUUUAUAUUCACAAAGGGAUUUCAUGCAAUGAACCACAGGGAAGAUAUAGACAUGAAAUUGCUCUUUAUGAUUCUAAAAUUAUAGUUUUAGGUGGAGGUACAGUCCAUAAUGUUUUCGAAUUGCAGCAUCUCCCGGCAUAUAAUUUAAAAAAAAAUUGUUGGGAAAUUCUCACAACUUUAGGUGAUCUAAAUGAUACGAGUAGUGAUAGCAAUCAUAGAGGAUUUCCAGCACCUAGAAGAUGUCAUGGUAGCAUUCAAACAGUUCCAGAAGAAGGUGAAGAUCCAGAAUUUAUAUUAUGUGGAGGAUAUAAUGGAGUUCAGAUUUUUUCAGAUAUAUGGAAAUUAAAUUUAAGAACUCUACAGUGGACCAAAUGGCAAGAAAAAUUAUUAUACCCUUUGAAUUUUCAUUCUGCAAGUUUGUCUCCUUGUGGGAAAAUGUUUAUAUUUGGCGGUAUACAUGAAAUAUUUAAUGAAGGCAGACAUGUUAUGACUUAUAGAACAAAUGCAAUAUUUUCAAAUUGGAUAAAAAUACCUAAAUUAACAGAAAUAUGUUGGGAAGCUUUAUUGUUUUACAGUCCUGGGCUCAUAAAACUUCCCAGAUUUCAACUUUUGAGUUGUGGUAUACCUAUUCAAUUUGUUGAUAGAAUAAAAACCAGUUAA